AUUGGAAUCAUUGGCGGAUCUGGCUUAGAAGAUGAAAGUUUUGUUGAAUGUAAAGAAGUGAAAGUUGUUGAAACACCUUUUGGAAAUACUUCUGAUUCUCUAACAAUUGGUCGAAUACAUGGAAUCAGAUGUGUUAUAUUGUCCAGGCAUGGGAAAAACCAUACAAUCAACCCGACGAAUGUUAAUUAUAAAGCAAAUAUUUGGGCCCUUAAGCAAGAGAGGUGCAAUGUUUUAGUGGUAAGCUGUGCAGUUGGCUCCUUAAAAGAGACAAUCGUACCUGGAGAUGUCGUCAUUUUAGACCAGUUCAUUGAUAGAACUACCAAAAGACUGAGCACAUUUUAUGAUGGCUCAUCAGAUCUUUUUCCUGGAGUCUGUCACAUUCCGAUGGCUCAUCCUUUCUGUGAGGAUUUAAACAAGCUUCUGCAUUCAAUUGCAAAUGACUUAGGAAUUAGAAGUCAUGCAAGUGGAACGAUUGUGGUCAUAGAAGGCCCGCGGUUCUCCUCCAGAGCAGAGAGUAAAGUAUGGCAGUCGUAUGGAGCUUCUGUUGUUGGCAUGACAACCUUUCCUGAGGUGUCGUUGGCAGCAGAACUGGCUUUACCAUACACAGCACUUGCACUUGUCACGGACAUGGACUCCUGGCAAGAAUCUGAUCACGUUGAUGUUGACAAAGUUAUGAAACAAAUGAAGAAAAAUUCCCAAUCAUUCAAAAAUAUUAUUCUUAAUCUCAUUCCUAAAAUUUUGUCUCUCAACUGGCCAAAGUUGUUACAAAAUUCUGAGGUAAUUGCAACAUAA